AUGCCCCUGUGGGCCCACAAGCCCCGGGCCUUGCUGCUGCGCUCCAGUGAAGUGCCUCCUAGUGUGACGGAGAGCUUCAUCCUGAGUGGCUACCGCUGCCCGGGCUACACCUUUGCCCAGUGCCUGGUCUCGGCCUUCCAGCCCACCAACGAGACGGGCAACUUCUGGACCCACUUCCUGGCCGUCUUCGUCUUUGCUUUCCACUUCCUGGAGCAGUUCUGGAGCGAAGGCCCUGGCCCGAGGGAGCUGCUGGACCCUUUCUAUUACCCACUCUGGAACUACUUCCUGGGCGUCUGCGGCCUCCUGGUUGCCAGCAGCAUGGCGCACCUCUUCAACUCCAUGUCCCUGGUCAUUCGGGAGAUCUGCUUCUACAUCGACUACGGGACCAUCAGCGCCUACACGGUGGGCUCCUCCUUGGCCUAUUUCUACUACAUCCAUCCGCGAGGACCCCCAGUGGCAACAGACGGUGCCACUAAUCUCUCCUCCAGCCCUUGGCCAGGCGGCGAGUGCGUUGGCUGGCUUUCUGCGUUGAUGGGCCGAAUGGGCACCUGGUUUGAGGCCUUGUAUGUGCCCACGGCUUGCCUCAUCGCCCUCUUCUGUACAUUGGCCUGUUGCAGCACCCGCCACCAGUGGCAGCAGUACCGCUACCUGAUCCGCACGCUGGUUUUCUUGCUGCCUUUUGUGGUGGUCUCCAUCCCAGUCUUCCACAAGAUGUGGGCUGGUGGAGGCCAAGGGACCAGCCGCUUCUUCCUCCGCCACUGUUUCUGGCUGCUGGCCUCGGGGAUCUUCAACGUCAGCAAGAUCCCCGAGCGCUUCAGCCCUGGGAAAUUUGACAUCUGGGGCCACAGCCAUCAGUGGUUCCACUGCUGCACCUUCAUGAGCAUCUUGGACGAACUCUACAUGAUUCGAGGGGAGAUCCAGGAGCUGGGCAUGGGGCCCCCACUGCUGCCCAGGGUGCCCACCUUCCUCUCCACCUUCGGAGUGAUGCUGCUCUUGCUCCUGCUUCUGGCCAGCAUUGUGGGCUGGUUUGGGGUCAGAGCCUACGCCAGGCAGCAGCACAGCAAGCUGAGGAAAGGGGACUGA